GCCGGGCGGAGGCGCGGAGCGAGGCGCCCGCUGGUUGCUGCUGUCACUCCUGCUCCGGCUCCGGCACGGGCUCCGGCCGCAGUCCCGCUCGACUUUCUAUCCCCGGCGUGCCUGGAGGCGGGGGCGGGAGGAGGUCGAGGAGGCCGGGGCGCAGCCGCUAUGGCCGAGGACGCGGGCGCGCUGCCGUGGUCCAUCAACAGGGACGACUAUGAGCUGCAGGAGGUGAUCGGAAGUGGAGCAACUGCGGUGGUCCAAGCAGCGUACUGUACCCCCAAGAAGGAAAAAGUGGCAAUCAAACGGAUAAACCUUGAAAAAUGUCAGACCAGCAUGGAUGAACUCCUGAAAGAAAUUCAAGCCAUGAGCCAGUGCCAUCAUCCUAACAUUGUAUCUUACUACACAUCCUUUGUGGUGAAAGACGAGCUUUGGCUAGUGAUGAGGCUGCUGAGCGGAGGGUCUGUCCUGGAUAUUAUCAAGCACAUUGUUGCCAAGGGGGAGCACAAAAGUGGAGUCCUGGAUGAGGCUUGCAUCGCCACAAUUCUCAAAGAGGUGCUGGAGGGCCUGGAAUAUCUGCAUAAAAAUGGACAGAUCCACCGGGAUGUCAAAGCUGGAAAUAUUCUUCUGGGUGAAGACGGCUCGGUGCAGAUCGCAGAUUUUGGGGUUAGUGCUUUUUUAGCAACUGGUGGUGACAUAACCCGAAAUAAAGUGAGAAAGACCUUUGUGGGCACCCCUUGCUGGAUGGCACCAGAAGUCAUGGAACAGGUCCGUGGUUAUGACUUCAAGGCCGACAUCUGGAGUUUUGGAAUCACUGCCAUCGAGCUAGCCACAGGGGCCGCCCCCUAUCACAAGUAUCCCCCCAUGAAGGUGUUAAUGCUGACAUUGCAGAAUGAUCCUCCUUCUUUGGAAACUGGUGUUCAAGAUAAAGAAAUGCUAAAGAAAUAUGGAAAAUCCUUUAGGAAAAUGAUUUCAUUGUGCCUUCAAAAAGAUCCUGAAAAAAGACCAACGGCAGCUGAACUGUUAAGACACAAAUUUUUCCAGAAAGCAAAGAAUAAAGAAUUUCUCCAAGAAAAAAUGCUUCAGAGAGCACCGACCAUUACUGAGAGAGCUAAGAAGGUUCGGAGAGUGCCAGGCUCCAGUGGCCGGCUUCACAAGACAGAGGACGGCGGCUGGGAGUGGAGUGACGAUGAGUUUGAUGAAGAAAGUGAGGAGGGCAAGGCGGCCAUUUCACAGCUCAGGUCUCCUCGAGUAAAGGAACCGUUAACAAAUUCCGAGCUCUUUCCUCCAUCUGAUUCCAUGGGUACUUUACUCCAAAUUCCAGGACAGACCCCUGCUCACCUACCUCAGCCAGCUGGACAGACUCCUGCCCAGCCAACUCACAUCACCGUCCCUCCACCUGUCCAGGCAACUGUAGCUCCAGCAGGAGGAGCAGGACAGGUUCCACCAUCAGAAGGGGCAGGUUCACAAGAGACCAAGGUCCCCAUCAGUCUAGUACUAAGGUUAAGGAAUUCAAAGAAAGAACUCAAUGACAUCCGAUUCGAAUUCACUCCGGGGAGAGACACAGCGGACGGUGUGUCACAAGAACUCAUCUCUGCUGGCCUCGUGGAUGGCAGAGACUUAGUAAUAGUGGCAGCUAAUCUGCAGAAAAUUGUGGAAGAACCUCAGUCAAAUCGCUCUGUCACUUUCAAACUGGCAUCUGGUGUUGAAGGCUCAGAUAUUCCUGAUGAUGGCAAACUUAUAGGCUUCGCACAGCUCAGCAUCAGCUAGACCAUGGUCGCAGAGGAAGCUUCCCCACAGAGAACCCACACAUCCUAUUUCUCUUGCUCUGUUGGCCUACAAUCCACUACUGCCAAAGAACCCAGGUCUGCCCUUCCCCGUCCCCCCGGUUGGAUCACCACUGGCUGGCAUCAGCUCACCAAAGUCGCCACGACACGCUCCGUUUGUAAGCUGAUUACCUGCACAAGCCGUGUCUCCCUUCAUCUUGGACACGUGGACUGGAUGCCCUCGGGCCCGUCAGUCUCUUAUUGCCUUACUCGAACAUGCCAUGGAGCGUGAGGCCCUGUUUCUUCCAGCACCGUGGGACGCCUAGCUGGUGUUCCUCAUCAUUGGGCACAUCCUCGCCACACGCUGGGGCCGAGAUUUCUUCUUGCCACACUAUAGCCAUGAAAGGUCGGUCAGCUGGAGACCAGAGAAUUUAAUUGCGGAUGAUUUCCUUUGGUCCUGGCAUAACUCCUAGCAACCAAUAAAAGGACAUCACAAGCACAGUUUCCAAUGUCAUCGGCCUGAAAUGUUCCAGUUUUAUCGAUCACGUUCUUGGGAAUUUUACUGAGGCUCAUCUUGCCACACGCUCUCAAGCGGCUGCUUCCUGAUGACUUCCUGGAGGGCUGCUCACCUUGCCCUGGGCCUCCCACCCCUCGUGAGGUGGAGUGAGGUUGGGCAGGGUGGGGAGGACCUCUCGCCCAACACCCAGAGACCCUCAGAUCUGCGUCACACAAGUUACUUUCCCCCGAGUGACUGCAAGCAAGCCAUUACUUAUAUCAUUGGAAAAGUGGUGAUUUUCACCACUUAAAUAAAAUUAAACAAAACUUGCCCUUGACCCCAACAUGCUUCCUCCACUGAGAUCGACCCUCAAGGUGGUGAGGGAAGGGUCUGUGUGGACCAAGGCUGAGGCUUUCACAGCAAUAAAGGGGAGUCACGAUUCCCAGGCCCACCUGCCUGCCUCCAGCCCCCUCUCCUGCACUAGAAGAGGCACCCAGACACCUUCCCCAGCUCAGCCCUGCUUUGAGAUGUGCCUGGGAGGGGGAGGGCUUAGGAGGAGACACUUGUGGUCCCCUAUAUGAGGAGUCUGGGGGUGGGGUUUUUCUACAAUUUCACAACUGGCCUUUGUAACCGGCUCUUGGCUGUGCAGGAGUUUGCCCUGUGGUCGCUGGCCCAGCCUUGCCUUUUCCCAGACUGGAGAAGCUUGGGGGGCUGCUUGCUGCAGGUGACUGGAGACCGCCUGGGCUUUCAGAUCCCCGAGCCUGCUCAUGCCCUGGCCGGAGCUCGCCAGUGGCUUCUCUGAAGGUUCCCCAGCUCGGAUGAUUUCUUCUGGUGGCUUCUGUGAGCCUUGGAAGUCCUCAGCCCCCUAGGGUGGGCCUCACAGGACUCGCAGGGCUGGGUUGGAGGUGGGGAGAGGAGCGAUGCGGUCCUUUGGUCCGAGCGUGCGUUUGCCUCCGACCAGUGCCAUGGGGACCUCCUUCAGGGUACAGUCAGCUGAGGGCCGUGCUCCCUCUGCUUAGCUUUCUGUUGGCAGGCCAGCCAGGCCCUGCCCGCUCUGCUGCCAGGACAGAAACCCCACAGGCUAAGCUGGUUUUGUCUCUUGUUUUUUUAAUGAUUUUGCCCAACUGAGGUCUAGGGAGACAGCUAGGAAGCCCCAGGACAGUAUUACUAUUACUAUUACUAUUAUUAUUAUUAUUAUUAUUAGUCUUUUUCUUUUGGCAUACACACAUGCCUCCGUUGAUUUGUUUGUAUGGUGGUGCUGAGAAACUCUAGGAUGGAAACUGCGCAAUGGGACAGGGGACCCCCUAGGAAGGGGCUCCUCCCCCCAAGGCCCUCCUUGCUCGCCCUUGGGGCUCUUGGGGCUGAGGUAGCUGGGUGGGGGAGGAGAGGCAGCACGUGGGCAUUCGCCUCUGGGAGUCCCAGAAUAAGUGCCAAUGCUAGUCAUGGAACGUGGGGUUUUUCUAACACGGCUAAUGGAUUUGUUUGGGCUUUUGUUGUUAACUUCUGAACCAGAGCCAGAGCCAGCUGAUAUUAGAACAGUGCUGUAGGAAUUCAUGGAGGCUCCUCUACACAGUCGUGUACGGUAAAUUACAAAAGGUGUAAAAUAUUCAGCCGAUCCCUUUUUUGUGACUUUGUAUUUUACUGCACGUUCCCCCUCAUUUUUAAUCAAUAAACAACAAAUUGGCCGUG